GUGUGCAGUGUGCAGUGUGCAGUGUGCAGUGUGCAGUGUGCAGUGUGCAGUGUGCAGUGUGCAGUGUGCAGUGUGCAGUGUGCAGUGUGCAGUGUGUAGUGUGCAGUGUGCAGUGUGCAGUGUGCAGUGUGCAGUGUGCAUGUGUAUCAUAUUUUAUAAAUUUAUGCCGUCCGCACUAUUUGACAAGUUUUUUAUGCGCACCUACGAAUGCUCCCGCUCAGUAUUUUUCCUUUUCAACCGUUGCUGAUAAAGGUAUAAAGAAAGGCUAGGAAUUCAUUGCUACUGUACAUAAGCACCUGACGUGAUAUAAUAAUUCUUUGCCACUCAGCUCUGUAAUCUAAUCUUUCUACUUCAGUUGUUAACUUUCUGAAUCUUUAAAUCUAUAUUCUGAUUAAGUCGUGUAGUGCUAUUGAGUCUCAUUUGAUGAUUCUUUCAAGAAGAUUUCUGAUUUUUUCUGAAUAGACUCAGUGAUGACAAUGUUUCGUCCUUAGAUCAUUGUCAUCACUGAGUCUAUUCAGAAAAAUCCGAAAUUUUCUUGAAUAAAUCUAUAUUGCAAAUCUUCAAAUAAUGUACUGUAAAACAUAAGAUUCUCUCUCCCUGUCCUUCGGUAAUUUUUCAUUAAUUCAAAACAAUCAUUACUAUUUUUGCUUUAUUAUUUAGUGCAAGUAAAGAUCCUUAAAACGAAAAGGAAUGCUUAGAUUGUUAGGACUGGUGUAUCUGGUGGUGGGUGGAUAUUCUGCAACAAGCACUGAGCGAUGUCCUCAGGGAGUGCGGGGAUUUGCAGGACCGUCAGAGCACCAAUACUACAACUGCAGGAGCGGGGAUAAAUACGCAGAGCUCGUAACCUGUGAGGAUGGCAUGAUCUACGAUAGAAAGGAAGUCACGUGCACACAAAAUCUGCUGAAAAGAGGACAAAGUGAGCUGGUACAGCCAAUCGUUGACCAGGUAUCUCUGGGACAGGCUAUAAAGAUAGGGACACUGUACAGCCAGAGGACCAGCCAAAUGUACCAUGGUUACGAACUUUACAGCAAGGACACAUUGGACGAAUACGUGAGCAGGAUAGAGGGAUCUCUGAGGGAAGUUCAAGAAAUAGAUGCUGUGGCCAACACAAGGAGUUCCAGAGCCAAGUUUGGGCUCGGGGCAGAAUUGGAACUGGAACUUAUGUCCGGUCUGAUCAGUGUUAAGGGCAGCGCUGAGUACAUGAAGGACGAAAUCAAAAGUUCUCAAAGAGCACGAGUUGUCCUGAAGAAAGAGAUCGAAGGUGACGUUUUGGAGUUAGAUAAGGAUGGUGCAUCUAUAGACUAUGACUACUGCAAUCUUAUCGGCCGAAACACUGGACCCACUCAUUUUGUGUCAAGAAUAAUCUAUGGACAAAGAUCUUACAUGGUUUUCGAAAAAGAUGCAGCAGUUGGUGAAAAUUUGGAUGACACUUAAAGGUUCAUUAGAAGCCCAAAUUGAUUUGAUUCCGGACCUAGUCAUUAAGGGCAGUGUGGCGAUAGGUCUGCAUGACCAAGAGUACCAUAAUGAUGACAAAAUGAGGGUUAAGUUCUACGGUGAUGCCAUCCUAGAAAAAGUUCCUAGAACUUGGUUUCAGGCCAUUGACACAUUUAAUACAGUUCUCGAACAAAAGGAAGAUGGACGCAAAGUACUGGCGUAUAGUAGUCCAAUCAAAUACUCAUUGACUCCCCUCAAUGAAGUGUGUGAUGAUGGAACUGCAGCAGUGAUCCAGGGUAUAACGGAGGAUUUAGUGUCCAAGACUAUAAAAUACCUUGAUGAUCUGACUGACAACAGAGAGAAGCUAAACUACUUGCUAGGAACAGAUCCAGCCAUUAGAUACUCGGCAAUCAGGGAGCAGCUACUUGUCUUCAAAAAUGGAAUCGAGGCUUUCUAUGCGAGUAUGGCAUCCAGAGUAGCAAAGUUGCUUCCGCUUAUUAAAGCAAGCAUGGUCGAUGAGCGUGAGUUAAGAAAUAUUCUUACUGAUUUUGAAGACUCUGCGUUCGUUAAGUCACGAUCUGAUGAUUUCCUCACUUACAGAUAUCGUGAAAUCGAUACCAUCCUAAAUAUUGUCAAAGGAGCCCUGAAGAACCCAGACAUGCUUUUGUCUGAUCCAGUUAGUGCCACAGACAACCAAUGUGUUUUCAAACAGGAUUAUGGCACCAUCUUUGAGAUGAAUCUCCUACCAGAGAGUGGAGUUGCCCAGAAAUUCAUUGACACGAAAGAUACAUGGUCAGAGCCAACAGCAUGGUUCGAGAGAACAAGUACAGUUUUAAAUGUCGGACAAGCAAGGAAACGAUUCGAAACCUAUGUGGAGGCUAAUGUGAAGACCACAGGCCAGAAGAGGUGCUACAUGCUGAAGUUGGGUUCACUUAACAAUGAACAAAAUUACCAGAUGUAUUUAUAUGAGAAUGGCAAGGAAGUAACCAAGGACUUCCAGAUACCGCAAAAACCACCCCAUGCGGUGGCUUGUGAAGAGACACAUUCUGAUGGGUUGACUCUCAGGGUAGAAGAUAACAAAGAUGAGGAUGUCACAGGAAUUGAAGUUACGCUGGAAAGCUAUGUCCACAAUCACAAAUCAAAACAAGUACUGGAAAAAGGAACGUCUGCUAGGGUAACAAAUCUUCAUUCUGACGAGAAUUACAAAGUCAGUUACAGAUAUGUUGUUCAGAACGGUCACGGAUUCAGCGAAUACUCACAGUCGGAAGAUUGCAGAACUCGGCCAUCCUCUGCUCCUGUUGCUCUUCUAGCCAGCCCAAUUACUUCAAAUACUAUUAGAAUCUCAUGGGCAACGCCUGCAUUGAUCGCACCACAUCUUAAAGACAGAGACAUCACCUAUACUGUACUGAUUAACGAAGGAAACAGUUUAGGUAUAAGUGCAACGGUGAGUGCAGCUGAUCUGGGAUUUAAAGUGUAUCAGUUUAACGGAAAAAGGGCAGGAACUUUGUACACAAUAGGAGUGUUUUCAACAGUUAAUGGUAACGAAGGUGACACUGCAGUUUUAACAGUCACAACAGCACCGGCCGCUCCUGCAGCUCCAGUUCCAGGUCAGAUCCAAGACAACAGAGUGCGAUUCCAAGUGAAGGUUGGAGACGUCAGCGUACCGGCAGGAGUGACAAAAGAACUGCUCUCGAUCAAGUACUACAAGAUUAACAACAAUCAGGUUGUUAGUGGAACUGAAGUCUACUACAUGCAGCGUCUUCAGAAUCAAGAAAACACCGAGAUAGACAUUGCUAGUUUGGAGACAGGAACCUUAUAUGGAGUGCAAGUUAAACUUUUGGUAAGGUAUGAUGGCCGACUGCUGGGAUCUGACUACUCCAGUCAAGUUACUGUAACCACCACAAAUACCGGUUCUCCUAUCGACAAUCUACGAGAUAAUAUCAACCAGUUUGAGUCUUCUCCAAACAAAAACUCGACAAUGCAGACCUACAGAAGAACCAGCUUGUCUCCACAAUGAAUGCCGCGGAGAACAAAUUCACCUCCGCAAAAUCAGGAGGCCUGAGUCAGAUAGAUGACAUGGGGGAGAGGAUUUCUCUGGAUUUCGUGGGAGUUCAGCAAAAAUCGAAUGUCCUGCAGAAAUCAAAGUGCUUCUUGGAUGGAUUUCAGAUUUGGGACCAAUCUGACAGUCUAUUAAAUACGCUAUAUGUCAACUCGGAGGCUGACUGUCUAGCUAAAUGCGCCGAUACUGACGGCUGUUCCAGUGCCAGUGUCGAAAACAUUAAAAAUGGCAAUAGAAUAACAUCACGAAAGUGUCUUCUUGGACCAAAACGAAAUGGCUAUAUGCUGUAUCCACAGAAAAACUUCAUAUCGGCCAACAUGUAUUGCCAAUUGACAGAAUCUGCUACAAUCGACACCUGGAAAGAAUGCGUCCAAGAAAACAUCAAUUAUCCCGGUGCAGACAUCGUCAAUUCGGCUGGAAUAAGUAAUAUCGAAGAGUGUGCAGCAUUCUGCCAAACUGUGGAGAAUUGUGUAGCAGCUUCGUUCAACAAACAAUCCAAGACAUGCUACGCUAAAAACAAAAGAAACGGAGACCGGGUCAAUUCAGACAGCAAUACAGUCAGCGUCUCCUUGAUGUGCCUAAGUGCAAACCGAGGUGGAAUCAGUCGAUGUGCGAAGAGUGGAGUCAGGUUCACUGGAUCAGUCAUCCAUACGACAUCAACAGCUUCUCUUGAUCUCUGUAUCCAGUUCUGUGCUAACAAAGACAACUGUGAGUCUGUGUCCUACAACAGUUCUUCAAGGAGUUGCGAGGCACACAACAAGCGACUUGGAGCUAGCAGAGGAAAUGUGGGCGGUUGGACAAGCGUCAACAUUUACUGCUUGGGACUACAGCACUUCUAAGAUUCUAACUGAACCGGAUGACAUCGGAAAAUGGAAAUCUCUCAUAGGGAAAGAAGUAAAUCUACUUGGUAAUCGAAGAAUUCAAAAUAUAUAUCAAUCUUAUUUUAAACAUUUUCUCGCAUUAAAA